GAGCUUAAUUUGACGAUUUUCCGUUAGGGUUACUGAUAUUAAUUUCAAUAAAGAAACUUGCAGGCUGCACUAGCCGUCUCAUGGAAUAAUUUUGAACACUCCUAAUUUAAUAUUUGUACAUACAGUACCGAGCAAGGUAUGCAUUCCCAGAGAAAAUGGCGAUGUCCCAAACUUUCCCCUUCCCGGGACUCCGACUCCUCUUCGGAGGUGACCUCAAGGAGAAUGACGAUGAUAAUUGAAUUGAUACUUUGCUUGAUGCUAUACAUUUGUUCAAGAUGUUUCAGAACCAAUCCCAGAAAGUGACAAUAAACUAAUAGAAAAUGUGGAAAAAUAAAUACAAGAUAUAAAAUCAGUUUCAAUAUUAUCGAUUAUCUGUAAAUAUUUUUGAUUUUGCUUCGUGCAAUAUAGAAAAACGUUUUGAAAUAACUUAGUAAUUUUCCGUGUAUUACUAAAUCCUGAAAACGUAUAGAGGAAGAGUAGGAAAAGGUAUAUUUAUACUUACUCCUAACUACUGCAAAUACCUGCUGAUCAGCUGAUGUCAGCUGAUAUAUCUAUAUAUUGUUAAAGAAACGAUUGAUAAAUCAAAAGUGUUAGAAAAAUAACACAAUGUUGAUUAAUACAUCACAUACAUUCGAAAUAGAAUACUGACCAGCAAAGGAAACUAUCAUUUGUAAUUCUAAAAUUUGUUCAUUAUAAAUGUUUUCAAUGCUAGAAAUUGAUAAAGGCUUUUGGAUAUGGAGAUCAAUGAAAUUGUGAGAAACAUUUUUGGAUCCGAUGUGCCCUUAGAGAGUCCUGUCACAAAAUCUAAGAAGGAGAGCUCAAAACAUUCAAGGAUAUCAAUUAAUUUAAAUUCUAUAAAUCAGUAUAUUGAAACUACCCUUGGGGAAAAUGCUCCAAUUGAAAAUGUCCAAGAUAAUAGGGUUGGUCGAUUGGGACCAAAUGUGGUCAAGUUUGAUAUAUCAACACACCAAGGGCUUUUUAUAAUUUCACCUAAUAGACUUAGCGUUAACUCUCAAAGUAACUUCAGUACAAUGAAAGCAAACGUAGCAGUGUAUAAGGGAAAGUGGAUGUAUGAAUUGCAGCUUGGAUCUAAAGGUCUCAUGCAAAUUGGUUGGAGUACAGCUAAAUGUGAAUUUAAUCAGCAAUUGGGAGUUGGAGACACUGUUAAUUCCUAUGCGUAUGAUGGAAAUCGUGUUAGAAAAUGGAAUGUAGCUACGCAUAAAUAUGGAGAGCCAUGGCUUCCAGGAGAUAUUAUUGCAUGUGCAAUAGAUAUGGAUAAUGGAACAAUUGAUUUCUGUAGAAAUGGUAGAAACUUGGGUCGAGCAUUUGAAAAUAUAACAACAGGUGCUGGUUUUGCAUAUUUUCCCACAGUGAGCCUUGCACUGACAGAAAAUUUAACAGCCAAUUUCGGUUCUACACCGAUGCGCUAUCCUAUCGAAGGGUACGAACCUUUGCAAGCGGCACCGAAGCAACAAAUAGAUCAGGCUACACUGUUAUUUAACUGGUUUCUGAGAAUAACAGAAGUGAUAAACGCAAGACAGAAUGUGAACGAUGAAAAUACAUUACGUGACGGGAAUAUGAGCGUUCAGGCCUAUUUAAUGUGUCUUACGAGAUCCGUUGUAAAACACAUAGGACCUCUUGUUACUGUACCAUAUAUCGCAGAAUAUAUUUUAGUUCCAUUUAUACAACAACUUUCUGAAUCGAAAACAGAUCCUCCUCUGUUGUUAACUUGUUUAGAUUUGUUCUGGACAUUUCUUGAAGAACACGAAAUGAAAGUGUGUUUAGAAAGUACAGUUAUGUAUUUGUUAUCCGCAUUCAGACACGUUUCUUUGUUACUUGAAUAUCCUGAUCAGUGUAAGAGUUUGCAUCUGUUGACAAAAAUCUGUCAACAUUCGUCGACACGUCAAUAUUUAUUGCAACAUUUACUGUUUGAUCGAGUAAGAUUUGCAAACUUUAUGCAUGUUAAACCACUUGACGAAGGAGGUCUUGCCGAUGUGGUUAAAGACGUAUGGUGGGAAAUGAGUCCUACGGACUCAACGAUCGAGGUUAAUAAAGCAAGUUAUUUCAAUGCCUGUGAGAAAAUUAAGACUGCUAUAUCUGAAGUAGAAACAUUGCAAGUAGAAUUACUAGUGAUUCUGCUUAAUAAUUCCGAUGGCAAUGAAAAAAAGCCGACGUCCAGAGCAAUAUUCUUAAGGAAAUUAAAACGUUUUGUUCAAGAAAACCUUGACACGAGUCGGACUCUACCGAUCACGUUAUGUUGUUUUCACCGACUUCUGGUUGCAUUCAGAGUUUUAUGGGACGCUGAAGUGGGAACAUCUCCGGUUUAUAUACCUUGCAGGGCGUUCUACGACGCGUCGAUUGAUCACUCUAGAACUGAGAGACUGGGAGGAGUCUUGUCCCAUUUAAAUAAAACGUUCAGGAAUGAAUUGCAACAAUUAUUAGGACCUGAACACGAAGUAAUUACCGCAAUGGAUCAGGCUCAAGAUUCGUCCAAUGUACAUAACAGAACAAGACUGAUGGAUUUACCUAUAGUUAACCCAACGUUCUCUCGAGUAACUGGCACGGACGCAUCGGGUCAAGGAAAUUCGAUGAUCUUUGAGAGAGUAGGAUACUUUCCAUAUACAAGGGAAGACAGAAGUCCGCUUCGCUUAGGCCCCCUAAAUCCAACAACUUCCUUGCUUGAACUACUCGACAGCAUAAUUUUAUUUUAUCACAUAGUAGCAAAGAAGCAGUUGGCAAAGGUGGCUAUUCUUAGAAACAGCAUGUCCGAGUAUAUCACUGCUAUGCAAGAUACAAAAGCAAAGUUGGAAAAAGCAAAGAAGAAGAAAGAUCCUAUGUUUCAAUCGAUUCAGCAAGAACUGUUAAGAACAAUAAACGUAUUCAAUACUAAAUUAACAGAACAAGCAAGACACAUGGCAUGGAUCCGGGCUGCUGUUUACUCAAAAGAAAAACAAUCACAGAUAGCGUGGCUUCUAAAAGUAGUCGAGUUAACUUUGAAAAAUGCCAGCCUAGAAGAAAACAUGUUUAGCUUUGUACCUGAUUUCUACUUGGACGCAUUGGCCGAUCUGUGCGUUGGUCUAAGGAAUCACAUGCAUCCAACAGCAUCCAUCGAACAAGUUCCAAAUUAUAGAGAAAUGUUUCUCGACAUAGCUGAAUUUCUUUGCGAACAUUUCAUGGAUCCACGUAUAGUGAAUGCAAACUCAAAAAGCUCGUUGCUUCUGACGUUGGCUGGAUUCGUGUUCAAUCCCCUUACCUUGGAAAUUUUGGAAAAUGUACCGGAAGAGAGUAGAAUAAAAGUUGUGACGAAUUUAUUAAAAUCGUAUGACAAUAGAGCAUGGGCUGAAUCAAAUUGGAUUCUAGUUAGAUUUUGGCAAGGUAACGGCUUUGUUUUCCGCUACGAAAAGAGUCCACAUCUGUCGAAGAAGGUUGGACCGAAAUUGCUUCAACAAGAAUCAAUCUCUCAGCCUAUAAAACCGUGUCCAUCCGCCGUGUACCAGAAUCACGUGAGGGAUGUAUUACUAAAGAAUCCACAAGCUACAACGAAACUUUUAAAUUCUUUGUUAAAUCAAUUGAACUGGGCCUUUUCUGAAUUCAUUGGAAUGGUACAAGAAAUUCACAAUGUCUCGUCGAGACCUGAAAGAGUCUUCAUUGAAUCUAGACAAUUGAAAAUUUGUGCUACUUGUUUUGAUUUAGCUAUUUCACUUUUAAGAGUGUUGGAGAUGAUUGCUACAGUGGCUCCUAGUAUUUUUAACAAUCCGUCGCAGUUUUCCAAUGAAAAUUUAUUAUCCAGGUUAUGCCAGUUGCUGUGUCAAGUGUUAAACAGAAUGAGUUCGCAAACUAGCUGUUUCCAACAUAUUGUAUUAUUGGAAAUCCCGGAUUUAGAAUCGGUAGAUCAUUUUCCAAUACUAGCAGCGGUUGCUGGUAUCUUAUUAGCUCUACUUGACGAGGAUAUGGCCAAUUUUAAAUCGAAAGGGUUAACGGAGAUACCAAAGGUCACUCAAACCUUACUGAUGGAACCUAGUUUUCAAAUGAGCUCUCUUUACUUCAUGUUAGGAGAUUCAAAGGUUAAAACGGAAAAAAAUAUAAAACCAUUUUCUUUUGCAAACUAUCCAGAUGAUGUAACGAAGGAAGAAAUAAAAAAGGUAAAAGAUAUGAUUGAAUAUUUAGACAAAUGCCGUGCCAUUUUGCCAGAUUCUAAAAUAUUAAGCGAUGACGAUAGUACCUGUACGAUAUGUUAUGCAUACCCUGUCGCAGCAACAUUUGAGCCUUGUCAUCAUCAAACAUGUCGUAUUUGUAUCGAUCGACAUCUCUUAAAUACUAGAGAAUGUUUCUUUUGUAAAGCAAGAAUCGAUAAAGUUGUAGAUCUUUCUGGCAACGUGUUACACGAUUUUAGUAAUGAAAGUGCAUUAGCAAAACAAUCUGAAGAAUUGUCUUGAUGCAAAUGUUAUAAAGUUGUUAUGAAAUUAAUUCGAUGAAUAAAUUCUUGUAAAGAUUAUCACCUUCUAAUUCCAAAGAAAAGUAAACGAACUGUACAAAAUAUUAUGUAUAAUUCUAUUUAUUUAAUAUAUUUUUUGUUUCAAGAUAUAUAAAUACAGUAUAAAAAUAAAAUUUCAGUUUCUAAAAAUUUCCUGGCACAACCCAUCAGAUAUGGCAAUGAUUUUGUACAUACAUCAGUCUUUUCUGACUUAAUACUAAAAUUAAAAUUAUACAUUGAGCAAACUUUUGAAAAGUACAUUAUUGCAGACUAUACGUUUCGUCUUGAGAUCGGUAGUUUGCAGGAAAUUCUCUUACAUAAUAUUUUUUCUAUUAAAUUCUGAGGAACAAAUUAUUUACACAAACUUUCUCUUAGCUGUCUAAAACCAGUUACUAAUGAUGGUUUAUGCGGUGCUGGAGAUAAAUCUUGUAUACAUUCGAUUAAAAUAACACCCGAUACAAAUGCACCUAGUCCAGUAAUAAAAAUGGCAAAAAUUAUUAGCAAGCGAUCUUUAUUCAAGUGUAAUUCUGAAUCCUUUAAAAGAAUGCUUUGAAACAGGCAAAUGCCUGGAAAAACGAAGAUAAAAAGGGCUGAUAAUGUCCCUAAUACAUUAAUAACUGGUGAAAUAUCGGGUACUACUAUCGCGAUUAUCAAAGAUAAUGUAUACCAGAUCAAUGUUAUAAAAACUCUAAACUUAACAUUUACGUUAAUAUCCAUUCCAAGCAGAUUUAAAAGAGCAUCACGGCCACAAUAUAGUAUAAUUGGAUACGUUGUAAAAUUUUUAACCGCUAUAAAUAUAAUGGCUAAAGUGAGGAUUACACUUUUGUCUGUGUAUCCUUGAAGUAUAUCGCUAGGAACUUUUCCAGCACCAAAUGUUGCAUAUCCACAUAUUCCAACCACUGUAUAAGCGAUAAAACAGAUAAUCAUACUCAUUACGGCACAGAACGUAAAUUUUCCAAGUUUUCGAUCCUUCAUACAAGCAUACAUCGGUAUCGCUGUCAUGUGACUCUAUAAAUGAAGGUUAAUGUUAAUUAAUGUAUUACUAUUGCUAUUAAAAUUUUUAUACUUACUUGAUAAGCAAAGCAAAUUACUGGAAUUAUUUGAAGUGUUUCCAAGUUAUUAUCUGGCCAUAUUUUCAUGGGAUUAACAGGAGAUUCAGUUUUUGUAAAAUUUUUGUAAAUAAUUAACCAUAUCACAUACAGAAUAGUUAUACAACCAACAGAACUAGCAUAACUUAAAAUAUCCAGUCUUUUAAAAAAGCAUAAGGGUAAUAUAAAUACACUACACAUUACAGCUGUGAUAAAUGAUCUAGAUAAAUACCUGAAAUAUCAAAUAUGUUAACAAUAGAAGGUUUAAUAAAAAAAAUUGUAUAUGUAAUUUAACUUCAA